AUGCUCAACAGAAGGAUGCUGGAAGCGGGGGUUUCGGUGUCUCUGCGAGUAUUUGAUUUAUCUGAGGGAAAAGCAGAGGCCUUCAGCCCUCUCUUCCUUCCUGACUGCAAGAAAGGCAUUUGGCAUACUAAUGUUGUUGUUUAUUCAAAAGAGUAUUUUUACUUGUCUACAAUUUGUGUCUGCCCUAAGGGCAGCGGCUGGCCUGGAGAGAAGCUCCUAACAGAUGAGAUAUCAAUGGGGAGGACGGAGACGAAAGAAGAAGACCUCGAGGCAUUCCUGCACCUACAACGCAGCUUCUUCACCCCUGAUCGCUACGAUGUGUUCUUUCACAACUGCAACCAUUUCUCGGAGAGCCUUCUGCGUUUUCUUGGAGUCAAACCGCUGCCUGCUUACAUCUCCACUUUGCCCGACCGGAUUUUAGGGACAGUCUUGGGGCGCAUAGCGAAGCCAAUCGUCGAUGCCUCUGUAAACCUCCGCAAGAAAGAGAUGCGGCGGACAGCAGCCCCGUCUGAGCUGCAAGGAGACAUCUUUUUCUAUGGUGGGGCAGUGCCUGCUGUCUCCGAUUGGGGGUCCCCCAGCAGCAGAGACAGUUUGAAGAGAGCAGCAAGGAGACAGCAGCAAAUAAAGAGACAGGAGCGCAGCAGCAAGAAGCAGACAUCUGCUCAGCUAGAUGCAUUCCUUGAUAGAGACUCUGCACAAAGAGCAGCACGACGCAGCAGUAGCAGCAGCAGCAGCAGCAGCAGCAGCAACGGCAGCAGAUCACAGGUACGUAAAGCAGGAGACAUCACUAAGGCAGCAGCACACCUUACAUCAGCAGCAGCAGCAGCAGCAGCUGCUGCUGCUGCUGCUGCAGAAGAUGGGUUAGGCCUUCGGCUAGCCACGUGCUUGACAGAUGCGUGGAAGGGACGAAAUGAAGUUGUUGCUGCUGCAGCAGAAGGAGCUGCUGCUGCUGCUGCUGCUGUUGCUGCUGCUGCAGCAGCAGCAAGGAAAGAGACCUCCUGUCUCCCCCUAACACACGCCGUCAGCUUCUCCUCUUCGUUGCAAAGAGCUGCUGCUGCUGCUGCUGCUGCUGCUGCGAGCAGCGGGGACACACAACCCACCAGCCAAAGGGCCAGCAGCAACGGCAGCAGCAACAGCAGCAGCAGCAGCAGCAGCAGCAGCCAGCAGCUAAGUAAUUGGCUGGGCGACAGUUCUUCGCGCCGAAGGGGUUUUACAGUGCAUGCAAAGACACACCUCAAUCAGCAGCAACAGCAGCAGCAGCAGCUGCUGCAGCUGCAGCUGCAGAGGGGUCCUUCGAUGCGCGAUAGAGCAGCAGCAGCAAGAGGAGCAGCAGCAGCAACAGCUGCAGCAACAGCAGCAGCAACAACAGCAGCAACAGCAGCAGCAACGCGGCAGCAAUGGGGGAGACCUGACGCUUGGCUAAAGGCCGAUGCCUCUCCUCCUCUCCGGCAGCAGCGCAGCAGCAGAACAGCGCGCCGCUGCAUCAGCAGCAAAACCAGCAGCAGCAGCAAAACUAGCAGCAGCAGCAGCACAACUAGCAGCAGCAGCAGCAGUAACAACAACAACAGAAAGGCGAGGCGGAGCGCCGCAGCCUUGGAUGCGUUUGGAGGUGAAUAG